AUGGCGCCCACGCUCCGCAGCAGCACGCAACGCAAGACUGCAAGUAGCGCCAAAGCUGCCAAUGACGCAGGCUCCACACGCAAGCCACGAGCUCCACUUACUUGCAAGCAACGAUACACACGCACCAAAGGUCUUGUCAGUUGGAAGAAGUCAAAGAAGCUCGAUGCCAUGUACGUCUCGCAUGCUCUCGGAGAUUCGCCACUGCUGUGUCUCCCCGCCGAGAUCAGAAACAUGAUCUUCCAAUCUACGCCAGAGACUGCGACGCUCAUCUACAGCGAGAACUGCUUUGCCUUCCAGAACGAAACCGCGAUGAACAAGUGGCUGGACAAGCGCUUGAUUGCGCAGCGCGAGGCGAUUCGCUGGAUGCUGCUUCGAUAUCGUGUGUACGAGCGUCAGAUCUUUGAUGGCAAUGACUGGACGUUUAAGCGCGAGCGGCAGAACAUCGCGGGGCGGGCAAGGACUAUUUGUCCGAAUCUUGUCGAGAUGGAGGAGGACGACUGGCUCGACGAGUGUCUUUGCGCCAGUCCAGCUAUUUAUCUCCUUGAUGAUCGGAGCCGUGGCGAAGACCCGAGCUCUGGAGAAGACUUCAUGUAUGUCAGUGACUCGGAUUGGUGA